UAUUUAGGCUUGCCUCACUCGUUUGGCCUGGCCAGGAGACACGCCACACGCCUUCUGGGAAGAUGAAGAUAUAACUGCCAACCGGCCCUCCGUGGAGUGCUUACAGUUGCUACACCGACCAAAAGUUCUCCUUUCGAACGACGGUUCUCUCUUUGCAGCUUCACCAAGAUAUAAAAAAUUCGAACAAACAACUGAACCCUUAUAGCAGAUUGCAAGAGAAUCGAUUCCAUGGACCCUCACUAUCACAACGAGACUAACCAGAACACGAAGGGGAAAGGAGGCACAUCAAACUCGAAUCAUGAAGGCGAUGGAAGGUGGGGUACUUGGGUCAUGGGCAACCCCGUUCCACCCCAAGCCCAUCCUGUCAACCAACAGGCUGCCACUUGGGUUGCUGGUGAAGCAACUCCUUCUUCUGAUCCUGCUACUCUAAACGCUAAUUACAUGAAAUAUUCUGUCCCUCCUGCCACAACUAGCACAGUCAAUAGCAGUGGCUACCCUCAGGUCAACAAUCCAUAUGUCCAGACAGCCCCUGUUCCUGAAUCCUCUGGAAAGAGCCCUAUGGAGAUGAUCCUCAACGUGUUGAAUCGGUGGGGUAAAAAGUUUGAAGAUUGCACCAGAAAAGCAGAAGGUUAUGCUGAAAAUGUUUGGCACCAUCUUAAAACCAGCCCUAGUCUCACUGAUGCAGCGAUGGCACGACUUUCUCAAGGAACAAAGGUUCUUACAGAAGGGGGACAUGAAAAGGUUUUUCAACAGACUUUUGGAAUAUGGCCAGAUGAAAAGCUCGUUAAAGCAUAUGCUUGUUAUCUAUCAACUUCCUCGGGGCCUGUGAUUGGAACACUUUAUAUAUCCACAAAAAGGGUGGCCUUUUGCAGUGAUAAUCCUCUUUUCCGUUAUCCUGCUCCAGGACAGCAGGAGUGGAUAUAUUACAAGGUUGUAGUGCAGCUUGAUCAGUUGGCAGCAGUGAAUCCUUCUUCAAACAGAUUGAACCCGUCUGAGAAGUACAUUGAAAUUCUGACUUUAGAUGGCCAUGAGUUUUGGUUCAUGGGUUUUGUAUCGUACGACAGAGCGCUCAAGAAUCUGACGGAAGUCUUACAGCAUUAUGGUUCUCAUUCCCGUGCGCAUCCUCAGAACUAGAAAUUUCUUUGUCUGUGAGUGCUUUUUGUUAGGAGUGUGUGUGAGUUCAUAUGUAUGUGAAACCAAAAAAACCAGACUUGUUUUGUAUUGAUUUACAGAGUUGGUUGACACUUUGGAGUUAUGUUGCAGCAAA